AGAUGACAGGCUUGGAUUGGCCAAGGCCAUUGCCAUUCCAUCUGCAAUCAUACUUAAAAGUUUCCCUCUGUCUCGUGCAUGUCUUACUGUGGGGUGUGCUUUCUCAAACCCCCACUUGUGAUGAGAGCGAGGAUGGGGAGAACAGAAUAGGACUGACCCAGAUCCCAUCCCCACCACCCGGCUUCCACAUGGCUGAGCAGGAACUCCAGAGCAGACACACACAAAGGAGGGCUUUGAGGUGGCUCUAGCCGGGCCCAAGCUGAUCCCCUCUCCCCCCAGUGCGUCACUUGCCCCCAUCUGGGCCUCCCUGUUAGCCCGAUUUAACGGAAACUGUGGGCUGUGAGAAGUUCCUUGUGACACUCUAAUCCCAGCCUGCUGACUGGACCACGCCCCCGGCAGAGGCAACCUCCAGGCUCCUGGAGGACACGGGCACCAGGUGCCCCAAGGAGGAGCUGCUGCCUUGGCAGAUUCCCAGAGUUCCUGUUGUGGCGCAGCAGAAACAAUCUGACUAGGAACCAUGACGUUACAGGAAGGCAACUGCCUGGACAGGCCAGGACAGAAGAAGUGGAGUCUUUCUUUAUCUGAACCCUCCGAGUCUCCCAGAGGCAGCAUGUCAGAGGGGGCGGGCACAUUCCGCAUGGUCCCUGAAGAGGAACAGGAGCUCCGUGCCCAGCUGGAGCGGCUUACAACCAAAGACCACGGGCCUGUCUUUGGCCAGUGCAGCCAGCUGCCCCGCCACACCUUGCAGAAGGCCAAGGACGAGCUGAAUGAGAGGGAGGAGACCAGGGAGGAGGUGGUGCGGGAACUGCAGGAGCUGGUGCAAGCGGAGGCAGCCUCGGGGCAGGAGCUGGCCGUGGCUGUGGCCGAGAGGGUGCAGGGAAAGGACAGCGCCUUCUUCCUGCGCUUCAUCCGCGCGCGCAAGUUCCACGUGGGGAGAGCCUACGAGCUGCUCAGAGGCUAUGUGAACUUCCGGCUGCAGUACCCAGAGCUCUUUGACAGCCUGUCCCUGGAGGCCAUCCGCUGCACUGUUGAGGCUGGCUACCCUGGGGUCCUUUCCACUCGGGACAAGUAUGGCCGAGUGGUCAUGCUCUUCAAUAUUGAGAACUGGGAUGCCGAAGAAAUCACUUUUGAUGAGAUCUUACAGGCAUAUUGUUUCAUCCUGGAGAAGCUACUGGAGAAUGAGGAAACUCAAAUUAAUGGCUUUUGCAUCAUUGAGAACUUCAAGGGCUUUACCAUGCAGCAAGCUGCUGGACUCCGGGCUUCUGAUCUCAGGAAGAUGGUGGACAUGCUCCAGGAUUCCUUCCCAGCUCGGUUCAAAGCCAUCCACUUCAUCCACCAGCCAUGGUACUUCACCACAACCUACAACGUGGUCAAACCCUUCUUAAAGAGCAAAUUGCUCCAGAGGGUCUUUGUCCACGGAGAAGACCUCUCUGACUUCUUCCAGGAGUUUGACGAGGACAUCCUGCCCUCUGACUUUGGGGGCACACUGCCCAAGUACGACGGCAAGGUCGUUGCCGAGCAGCUCUUUGGUCCCCGGGCCCAAGCCGAAAACACAGCCUUCUGAGAACGUCUCGUGCCAUCUGACCUGUAGUUAGCACCCCUGGGUCUCUCCAAGGCUGUCCUGGACCUAGAAGGCUGGAGAAAGGGCUGCCCGGUGGUGACUGGUUUUCCCUGAAUCUCCCUAAGCUUGGGUGAACUCUGGUGUCGCCCUCUUCCCAAGUUGGAGGAUAAUAAAGCAGGGGAAUUCCCUUGAGCGAGAAUUGAGGGCAGUUACAUUCCUACUGCCUCUGAAGCUUUGGGACAGAGACUUGUGUCCGGGGAUUGAGUUUCAAGGAUUCUAACCAAGGUUCUCAAUGCUUUUGUCGUAGAGCUUUGCCAUUUAGGGUCUGUAAAAAUAGGCAAGGAGGCUGGGUGAAGAGUCUCUCCCCCACUAAAAAUACAAAAAAAAAAAAUGAUGAAGAGGAGUUAUAUAAGUGUCAAAGAUGUGACAAGUAUAACAAUCUUGGUGGCCGGAAGGCAGGUGAGGGUUUUCCGCGUGGAAUUCCAGGGUGAAAGCUGCCUUGAAUGGCUCCAUUUUGGGAUGGUCUGGUCACCUGCAGUCAGGGGCCCUGUGAUGUGUGCAGUGAUGAUUAGGAACUUGGAUCUCCUUCAAGGGUGGCAGCGGUGUCCCUCUCCUUCUGUCCCUGGGAUCACUCCACCAAAACUCUCUCCUCCAGACCCCUGGCCUCAACAAACAGUUUUACUUAGGUUUACAGAUGGUAUCUUCUGAGAUCACUCUGCAAGUCCUGAAGUUACACAGUGAAGGCUCUUUGUCUUUGGUUUCAGGCACUUUACAGCAGUGAACUUCUACUUUUAAGUUCUGCCUAUUUUGACAAAUAUAAAUGCUUUCUUUCCUUUCUAUGGUA